AAUAAAGGCAACGGAAGAACAUGUGGUUACGAUUUUGGACGAUAUGGAAAAGAAAAUGGAAGGUUUUGCGGAUGCUUACGGAAACCUCGAAGAGAAUGUUACAAAGUCGUUUGUAGACGCAAAGGCAGAUCUCGAUUUAGUCAAGGAAUCGUUGAAGGAUGAAGUCAUCCGUUUCAAAGACAGUCUGAAAGUUGAAAUUGAUCUUAAGAAAGCAGAAGUGGAUGAUUUCAAAGACAACUCUACCGACGAGCUUUUUGGCUUUAAGGAGAGCCUUAAAACAGAAAUUGAUGAUAAGAAAGCAGAAAUUGAUCAGUAUAACCAAGAGGCUGCAGACUACUUGAAUGGAUUCAUGGCAAAUAUAACCGCAAGAGUACAAAAGGAGAUAACAGAACUUGAUCUUUUGGAAGUCAAGCUUGGAAACCCCACGGCUGCAUUUAACGUGCAUAAUCCCAUGGAUCAGAGCAUCGGCACCGGUGAAAUUUUCCAGUAUGCUGAUGUACUUUUGAACAAAGGGGGCGGCUAUAACACAACCACGAGGAAGUUUGUUGCUCCGAUUACAGGCCUUUACUACUUUUCCGCCCACGUCUGCGCUCUUUCUGGUAAAUUUGUUCACUAUGGUAUUGUCGUAGGGGACAACGUGCGUGCUGCAAGUAGUCAGCGGGAGGAUACGGAUUCGAGCUGCGGUUCUGUGUCUACAAUUGCCUUAGUCAGCGACGGGGAGGAAGUUUAUGUUAAGUGCCUUUCCGGGAAUUCGUAUGAAGCACAGAUCAGCGAAAACUCUUAUCGUUGGAACUCUUUUAUCGGUGCUUUAAUACAGUAGACUUACAAAAAUUAUGCAAGAGUCCUUGAUUUAAGUAAAAUACGCUACGAAUAAGUAUUCUGUUAUCUAGUAUAUACCUGCUUUAAGAUGGAUGACCGCAUAGAAAAAA